CUAGCGUUAAAGCAUUGACCCUGACCCAGAGAGACUCUUCUCUCCUCUUCUGCUUCGCUUGAAACAAAACAACGUUCGUCGUCUCCGCGAUCUGGAGAAAAUCGAAGGUGGAAAGAUGGGCUAUAUCGGAGAAACCAUAGAUUCAAUCAAAUCUAUACAGAUCCGUCAGCUUCUCACUCAGGCCAUAAGCCUUGGGAUGAUUGUGACGUCAGCUUUGAUCAUAUGGAAAGCUUUGAUGUGUGUGACUGGAAGUGAAUCUCCCGUGGUUGUUGUUCUCUCCGGAAGCAUGGAACCUGGUUUCAAGAGGGGGGAUAUAUUGUUCUUGCACAUGAGUAAGGACCCGAUUCGAGCUGGCGAGAUUGUUGUUUUCAAUGUUGAUGGUCGUGAUAUUCCAAUUGUUCAUCGUGUCAUUAAGGUACACGAAAGAGACAAUACAGGAGAAGUCGAUGUUUUGACAAAAGGUGACAAUAACUAUGGGGAUGACAGACUUCUCUAUGCUGAAGGUCAGCAAUGGCUUCAUCGACAUCAUAUAAUGGGUCGUGCUGUCGGGUUCUUGCCUUAUGUUGGAUGGGUGACUAUAAUUAUGACAGAAAAGCCUAUCAUCAAGUAUAUUCUCAUAGGUGCAUUGGGUUUACUUGUUAUAACGUCCAAGGAUUGAAGUCUUUUAGAGAUGGGACUCUGCAAACCUUUGUGUGUUGUGUUAUCAUCCUUCAUGUCUUGUUAUAUCAACUUGGUCAUUUUGUGGUUUAGACCACUUCUAAAACAGUAUAAUCAAUCAGAAGCUAACUUUUUAAUUUUAA